CUUCAGACCUCCACAUCUAAGAAAUUUAUCCCACCCAGUAUGCCAUGGCACACCUACACAAGUGUAAAAAAAAAAAAAAAAGAAUUCAGGUUUGAACGUUUUUCUUUGACGGAUAAGGUUUCAAUCUUGACACACUGCGCUUCAUAACCUAGGUGAGAAAGAUGGGAUAUUGCCUGCCUCCUUCCUCUAUGUACAAAACGGACCAUUAUUCAAGGCAAGCUGAGGAAAAGUGAGCAUUGUUGGCCAGCAGAGAGCGUCAAAGAUGUGUUUUUCCUAGAAGGUCCCAGCGAUCAGAGGGAGCAAACAGAAGUUCCCUUAGUUUUCCUCCCAUUUUUCCUUCCCUCUCAUUCUUGAGGAGAGAUGGAGCUGGAGAGCUGAAGAAUGCAGCUGGAGCUUGCAGAGUUCCGGCAAACAUCCGAAUUUGACCUCCUUUACAACUCCGAAGUCCCUUUAAACACCUCCUCUUGGGAAGACAAUUGCCCUGCAGAUCCUUGGGAACCAGCAUGCAGCACAGCAUGAAGCUCUGUGUUGUACUUUGUCUGGCAUUGUUUUGGGUGGAGCUCCAACAUGGCUCUUGUCAGCAAGCUAAGAGAAGAAAGGAUGCAGGUGAGAACCGCAUGAGAGUAGGAGGGAAACGGGGGAAAAUUCGUCACCCUAAACUGAAGGAAGGGGGCGGGAGAAGCCACAGUUUGCUCACACAGGUGUUGGAAAAGGGCCGUUUCUUGCGUCUGGGUCAGAGCACGAUUCUGACUCCCAGGGAUAAUAUAGAGCUCCGUUGCAAAGGGAGCAACAUCGGAUGGUCUUAUCCCUCUUACCUGGACACCUUCAAUGACUCUCGUCUCAGCAUCAUACAGAGCGACAAGUACAGCCAGCUCAUCCUGACGUCACCCUCAGCUGCCGACACUGGACAGUACAGCUGCUGGGUGGUGGUGUGUGAUGGCCGCGAUUGCCAAAAGGACCACGAACAUGUGUAUUCCUCCCAAAUCUAUUUUUCAGACAAGGACAACCUGUUUGUCCCGUCAGACAUACACUUCCAGAUUGUGUACCUGCGUCCAGACAAGGCGGCUGUGGUGCCGUGUCGCGUGACCACACCACAGGCCAAAGUGUCGCUCCAUAGGGAAGUUCCACCUGAGGAGAUACUUUCCAAUGGCACCUUGGUGAACUAUGACCCAGCCAAAGGUUUUGUCCUGCAAAAGCCCGGCGUCGAGUAUCAGGGGGUGUUCUACUGCAGGGCUGUGACCAACGGAACACCACAAGUCUCCACUAAAUACCAGCUGCUCUAUGUGGAGGUGCCAAAUAGUCCACCAUUUGUCAGUCUGAAAUCUUCAUCUGAUCUGGUCAGUGGAGGUGACAACGUCAACGUCACCUGCAGUGUGAUAGGGGAGCCAGACGUCGACGUGAGUUUUACCUGGUCUUAUCCUGGAGAGGGCCGGCGUCCUGUUCAUGUCCAGACAUCAUGGAGGUUGGUGAAUCGAGGGCGAGGUCAAACGAUACGCAUAACACAAAGCGUACUCACUGUGGAGGACAUGGAAACCAUUGAUUUCGGAAAGUACAUCUGCAAAGCCAAAAAUCAGCAUGGCGAAACGCUUGUGAUGACCAGCAUCACGUCAAAAUAGUCUCUGUAUUGCUUUCCUUGGUUGAUUAAAAACUUGCACAA